GAGAAUCUUUGAGCUGAUCAAUUUAUAAUCCCACAUACAGUUCGUCCACAGCAUUUAAUCAACCGGAGAGAGAAUUAUUCAUUCUAACUACAACUUGAAGACUCGAUAAUUUUCAAAAUCCAGUUCGGAUUUUUCCUCACUUUUUCAGUUCGACUAGUGACAGUUUUAUGGAUGUCAUGCCUUUUUCAGUCAUUGUUGACAUUGUUGCGUAGUCAUUGUUGACAUUGUGCUCCGAUGCUGUAGGAUGGACAGGAGACAUUCAACUCAGAGCUCAAUCUAAAUGCGUUGAAGUUUUUAAUACGACGUUAAUUUAACUGAGAAGGAGAUUUCGGUUGGAUUAAAUGAAUCAAACAAACAAUGAUAUUAUUCCGGGACUGGAAGGAGUCACCCCGGAUGAUGCAACAUGGAUUUUAACAUCUUCAUUUGUAAUUUUCACAAUGCAAACAGGUUUUGGAUUGCUGGAAUCGGGUGCUGUUACGAAGAAGAACGAGGUUAACAUUCUAAUGAAGAACGCAGCCGACGUCGUCUUAGGGGGACUUUCUUACUGGAUGUUUGGUUUUGGUUUUCAAUACGGAAACGGACCCGGGACGACGUUCCUUUUUGGAAUAGGAUCGUUUGUUCUGGACGCGGAGCCUGAAACGAUGGGAGCCGUGUUUGCGACGUUCAUCUUCCAACUUUCAUUUGCAACUACAGCGACGACAAUCGUGUCCGGAGCGAUGGCCGAGAGGACCGACUUCCACGCCUAUUGCAUUUUCUCUUUUCUGAACACUUUGACUUAUUGUAUUCCAGCCGGAUGGUUGUGGGCUGAGCAUGGUUUCUUAAGACAUUUGGGUGCACUGGAUUUUGCUGGAUCAUGCGCCGUCCACCUUACAGGUGGGAUAUCCGCUCUGGUGGCUGCUAUGAUGCUGAAGCCGAGAUUAAGAAGAUAUGACAAUGGUCCUGGUCCGUUACCCAUGGGGAAUCCUGGUAAUGCCCUGGUUGGAACAUUUACUUUAUGGUGGGGAUGGUUGGUUUUCAACUGUGGAAGUUCAUUUGGAAUAUCUGGUGAUAAAUGGCAUUACGCAGGAAGGUCUGCUGUAAAUACGAUCAACGCAUCUUUAGCCGGAGGAUUAGCUGGGUUAAUUUAUUCGUACAUAAAAAAUAAAUUGUUUUUGGUUGGAGAUUUGAUAAAUGCCAUUUUAGGAGCUUUAGUUGCUGUUACAGCUGGUUCAGGUUUUCUAAGGUCAUGGGAAUCUCUCUUAGUUGGAGGUGUUGGUGCUGUGCUGGUGAACAUAGUUCCUCCUUACAUGGACAAAUACAGAAUUGACGAUCCUGUUGGGGCCGUAGCUGUGCAUGCCAUGGGUGGUCUAUGGGGAAUGAUUGCAGUUGGAUUAUUCAUUGAUGAUGAUGACUUACUCAAUCUUACGCACAGUCGAAGUGGACUAUUGAAGGGCGGUGGCCUGUAUCUGCUGGGAGUGCAACUAUUGGCAUGUAUUGCGGUCAGUCUCUGGAGCAUGGUCACUACUUACCUUAUAUUAAAAGGAAUCGAUUAUUUUGUACCAAUUCGUCUGGCACCACCCGAAGAAAUCCUUGGAGCAGAUUUUGUUGAACACGACGUCCGCCACGAAGGUUAUAACUACGAAGUCAUGAUGACAGAAUUGGAAAACCUUGGAUUGAAACUGAGACAUCCCCGAAUCCACAAUCCACCCAGGAGUCAGUGGGAUGAUCAUCUAAUCCUACAGUACAUUGAAAAAGUUCUCAACAAAAGUGACGCGUCAACAGUGGACCACCCUUUGCCUGACAUAACAAUCGAUCUUCCUAUCUCGACUGGAGAACGUUUCCUUAUAAGGAGCGAUCGAAGGACAGAUGGAUGCUAUUUAUCUUAAAUUAUUAUGUAUUUGCCAUAAGAAAAAUAUUUGAAUUUUAUGAGAAACGAUAGCAGACCACAUUAUUUUCAAUGAUAUUUGAAAUACGUGAGUUCUUAAAAAGAUUCAGAGGUAAGCCACGGAAAAGUGGCAAAUAUGUAGUGGAUAUGGCACUUUUUUUAAACCAGUUAAGUGCGUUUAACGAGAAUAACACGUUGUAUAUACACCGAAGAGCCAUUACAUUAUGA